GGAGAAUGAACAAUAAAGGAUGAUUAUGAAUUAUUAAUUAUGAAUUUUGACAAGUGCCUGAGACAUCUUAACUGUUACUUUUAGUGAUCACUAAGUUCACAGUAGAUCCCUAAUGUGCUUUAAGACACUCUGCCCAUGGAUAGCAGCAGCAUCACUUUUGCUGGACCCGUCAGGCUCAGUCUGAGCUGUCCUUUCUCCAAGCUGCAAACAGAACCUGCCCCCAGCCAGUGCUCUCCAAACAGGCAGAGUUCUGUCAGGCCAAGGAGAGGGCACAGAGAUUUGGGGUCUGUGAGUGCUGGCAGGGAGAGAUCAGGCACAGGGAAACUCCUGCAGGAGGAAAAUCUCCAGGAAGCAGAGAGAAGAUCAGGCAUAGAGAGGAAACAAAACCCAGCAAUGCUGUGGCAGGGAGAGUUUAGAGAUGUCCACAGGAUCCCCUCCAGUGCAGCCCCUCCCUCUGAACAAGCCCCCUCCCUCCUGUCCCCCAGCCAAGCCUCUGUGAGUUAUAAGAUUGAUGGGGAAAGGCAGAGGUGUUCUGGCACUGAAAAUGCUGUCGGGUUGGUGAAAUGAGUAAAGUGAGACCUUGGCUACAAAUGUGGAGCUGGGCUGUGGUGGAUCCAUCUGCUCUCAGCAGUACCUGGUGAUGUUUAGGGAAAACUUGGGAGUGUGAACAUCCUCCACCUGAGAAAGUUUUAAAGCCCAGAGAAACUCCAAAGAGAAUGAAGUGCCAGACCAUCUCCCCUCACUCUCUACUCAUAACUUUGCAUCACAAAACUUUCUCUGUCCUCCCAGAAGGCUGUAGAAAUGCUGAGGGUUUUUGAUAUCCAGGAAUACCAGGACAGAUAUGGGAGAGCUUAAAGAGAAAACCCCAGGACUCAUGAACAAAAAAGGGUGUCUGUGUGUGUUACAGGGAAGGGUGUAUGGGAAAUAGCAUUGAUUUUGGUUACAGGUAUCCCCUGUAACUCUUCACUGUCCUUUCUCCAUGAACAGGUCCCCAUGUGCAGCCCCAGCAAAUGUCCAACAGCAGCUCCAUCAGCCACUUCCUGCUGCUGGCAUUGGCAGACAGGCGGCAGCUGCAGCUCCUGCACUUCUGCCUCUUGCUGGGCAUCUCCCUGGCUGCCCUCCUGGCCAACGGCCUCAUCAUCAGCGCCGUAGCCUGCGGCCACCACCUGCACACGCCCAUGUUCUUCUUCCUGCUCAACCUGGCCCUCAGCAACCUGGGCUCCAUCUGCACCACUGUCCCCAAAGCCAUGCACAAUUCCCUCUGGGACACCAGGAACAUCUCCUACACAGGAUGUGCUGCACAGCUCUUUUUCUUUGUCUUUUUCAUUUCAGCAGAAUUUUCCCUCCUGACCAUCAUGUGCUACGACCGCUACGUGUCCAUCUGCAAACCCCUGCACUACGGGACCCUCCUGGGCAGCAGAGCUUGUGCCCACAUGGCAGCAGCUGCCUGGGCCAGUGCCUUUCUCUAUUCACUGCUGCACACGGCCAAUACAUUUUCUCUGCCCCUGUGCCAUGGCAAUUCCCUAGGCCAGUUCUUCUGUGAAAUCCCUGCAAUCCUCAAGCUGUCGUGCUCCAAAUCCUAUCUCAGGGAACUGGGGCUACUUAUGGGUAGUGCUUUUCUGUUAUUUAGUUGUUUUGUGUUCAUUGUUUUCUCAUAUGUGCAGAUCUUCAGGGCAGUGCUGAGGAUCCCCUCUGAGCAGGGACAGCACAAAGCCUUUUCCACCUGCCUCCCUCACCUGGCUGUGGUCUCACUGUUCAUCAGCACUGGUAUAUUUGCUCACGUGAAGCCCCCUUCCAUCUCCUCCACAUCCCUGGAUCUGGCCCUGUCAGCUCUGUACUCGGUGGUGCCUCCAGCCCUGAACUCCCUCAUCUAUAGCCUGAGGAACGAGGAGCUCAAGGCUGCUGUGAGGAGGCUGAUGACUAGAUGAUUUCAGGAACAUGAAACUCUUGGGCAAU